UCCGGUCCGACUUCGGUUCAACGGCGUCUCCGGUUUGAACCGCCGGUUGGGCAAUCUCCUCCUCCUCUGGUUCUGAAACGUGGCUCGAACCCGCUGCGUUGCCUUCAAUCCGAGAAAGAGCUCUCUCUUCAUUGUUAUGGAACAUGAAUGGCGAACGAAACAACCUCCUCUCCUGCUUCUUUUCAGAUGCGCCUCCCUCAAAUUCUUUUUUCUUUUUUUUUCUUCUUUUUUUUUUUUUUUUUUUUUUUUUUUUUUUCUGUUUUUUGGUUGAUGCGGCAUUGCCACAUCAGAAAAGGUGGGUUCUCCCAUAAAUCAAAGAACGCACAUGCUCUCUUGUGUUGCAUUUACCCUAAAUUAAUUUUCCCCAAUUUGAUUUUUAUUUCUUGAUAAUCAAUUGGUAGAAGAAGAUGAUGUCCGGCGGAUCGUCUUCUUCCUCUGCGUUGUUUAGGGUUACUCAUUCCAACACCAAUGGCAGGCCUGAGAUUCUCGCCCAAAAUGCGCUCUCAACGAUUAGGCGGAACGCCGCCUGUUCUUCCGUUUUCGUUAUCGCGGUUUUGAUUUCCACCGUCGUCAUCGCCGCCGCUUACCAUCCCCACGACCCUUUCUUCAACCCUACAUCCUCCAAAAUCACCAAUUCCCUCACCGACUCUGUCAAUGUCAGCGAUGUCGAGUUUGCGGUGGCUCAAUUUGAAGAGCCUCAGGUGAUAUCGGAUGUGACGCGCGAGUGUCGCCUCGACGAACCAAUCGAUUGCCGCGAUCCGGAUGUGUUCCAUUCUCUGAUGAGGGCUGCCAUGGCGAAGUUUAAGGACAUUCAUUUCUACCGCUUCGGCAAGCCUGUUAGAGGCGACAACGAGAGCUCCUGCCACAUGCCAUGGCGGUUUAAGCCCAAGGAAGGGAAGGCAGACAGAUUUUACAAGGAUUACAGGACCUUUACAGUGGUGAGGUUUGAGAAUUGCACGGUGAGCGUCGCCGGCAUCGGAGAUUAUCAUUCCGGCGGCAAUGCCAGGAAGAGGAAAGGCCAAGUAAAGGGGAAGAAAGUGAAUGGCAGUAAUCCUCUGGAUGUAGGUGAUAUGGUGAACGAAGGACUUCCCGACGUCGAAUCGGAGGCGUCAUUCAUCAGCAGAAAGUAUUUGGUAUAUUCCGGUGGCGGCGAUAGGUGCAAAAGCAUGAAUCAGUAUCUAUGGAGUUUCGUAUGUAUGCUCGGAGAAGCUCAGUAUUUGAACAGAACCUUGAUCAUGGACAUGAGCAUAUGUUUGUCGAAGAUGUACUCUUCAUCGGGUGUGGACGAAGAAGGGAAAGAUUUCAGGUUCUACUUCGAUUUCGAGCACCUGAAGGAUUCUGCAUCGGUGCUCGGCCAAGCUCAGUUCUGGUCGGCGUGGAGCAGGUGGCAUCAAAAGAGUCGACUGAAGCUUCAUCUUGUCGAGGAUUUGAGGGUCACUCCGAUGAAGCUGGCUGGGGUGAAGGAUACCUUAAUCAUGAGGAAGUUCGGAUCAGUGGAGCCGGACAAUUACUGGUAUCAAGUCUGUGAAGCAAGGGAGGUAGAAUCUGUCGUGCGACGCCCCUGGCAUAUGAUUUGGAAGUCGAGGCCAUUGCUGGAUAUGGCUUCGGCUAUAGCAGGUAGAAUGAACUGGGACUUUGAUGCAGUGCAUGUCGAUAGAGGGGAGAAGGCGCGGAACAAGGAACUGUGGCCGAGUCUUGAUGAGGACACUCGACCGGAAGCAAUUUUGAAAGUUCUGCAAAGAAAGAUCGAAGAUGGGCGUCAAUUGUACGUCACCACAAAUGAGCAAGAUACCUUGGUGUUUAAUCCUUUGAAGGACAAGUAUUCGACGCACUUUCUUGAUGAUUAUAAAGAUCUCUGGGACGUCAACGGCGACUGGUACGAUGAAAUGAUGAAGCUCAACAGCGGGAAUUCGGUUGAGUUUGAUGGUUACAUGAGGCAAUCUGUAGAUACAGAAGUGUUUUUGAAGGGGAAAACACAGGUUGAGACUUUUAACGAUCUUACUAAAGACUGCAAGGAUGGGAUCAAUGCUUGCACAAAUACUGCUUGAUCAUUUUUCUAGAAGAAAACAAAAACAGAAAAUGUAGGGAGAAUGAAAUUUGUUGGAAUUACAUAAAUGUAAGUUGUAUUUGAUUUUCAUGGUCUGUACUUUUUUUUUUUUUUGGAAAGAAAAGCA